AUGGCGCUGACAAGCUGGAAGGCCUUCCCCUUCUUCACAGCGUCCAAGGUACCCGUCCCUGCCGACGAGGAUGGGACAUACGUCUUCGAUAACGAUGUUAGCUGCUUGACAGCCGGUUCCGACUCUCUUUUCCUCGGGACGACCGACGGGCACGUGCGAGUGCUGGGAAAAGCCCUAAACGUCACCCGCAGCUUCAAGGUCUCAGAUGGCGACGCCGCGGUCAGGCACCUCCGACAGGUACCUGACACUGCUUUCCUCGUCACCAUAUCGGAAGACCUCUCCAGCGACCCCUCUCUCAAAGUAUGGGCUCUUGAUAAGACAGAUAAAAGGACGGGCGCGCCGAGGUGUCUGUGUAGUGUAGCCGUACAGAAUGGAAAGAGGCUGUUUCCAGUCACAGCUUUCGUCGUGCUGAACGACCUUACGCAAGUGGCGGUAGGAUUUGCGAACGGCUCUGUGACAGUCAUAAGAGGCGACCUGAUCCACGACCGCGGCACCAAACAAAGGACUGUCUUCGAAUCGGAAGACCCUAUAACGGCACUGGAAGUGCGACAGGGUACGCUUAAGGUGCUUUACAUUGCGACGACUGGGCGUCUCUCCAGUAUUGUCAUCUCAGGCAAGGGCCAAGGACAGGCGGUGCGCACAGUGGACAACAGAGGCUGCAGUGUCGGGUGCAUGACCCAGGAUCCGGAAACAGACGACAUCGUGGUAGCGCGCGAGGACGCCGUCUACUACUAUGGGCCGAAUGGACGCGGACCAUCAUACGCGUUUGACGGGCCCAAGACACGCGUCCUCAUGUACAACGACUACGUUGGGUUGAUAUGCCCACCGAGAGUUGCAUCGCUCUCGAAAUCAAAGACAUUCAGGCAACUUGGAGGCGAUGAGGUGGAUGACCUGUUCACAACUUCGUCGUUCACAAUCCUUGACACGGACUUGAAAUUCAUCGCGCACACCGAGUCUCUCCCUUCACAGAUCAAGUAUGCUUUUGUCGAAUGGGGCGAGCUUUUCUUGCUUACAACAGAUGGUAAGCUUCUGCGAUAUCAGGAGAAAAGCCUGGCAGAGAAGCUCGAGAUCUUGUAUCAGCGCAACCUUUACAUCUACGCCAUCAACCUUGCGCAAAAGAGCGGAGCCGACAAGUUGCAGCAGAACAUCAUUUUCCGAAAGUAUGGUGACUUCCUGUAUCAGAAGGGCGAUUACGAUACAGCUAUGCAGCAAUAUCUUCGAGCCAUCGACAAUACGGAACCGUCACAGGUCAUCAGGAAAUUCCUUGACACGCAACGCAUCCAUAACCUGGUAGACUACUUGGAGGAGCUACACGAGCAUGAUAAAGCGACAGCUGACCACACGACCUUGCUGCUUAACUGCUAUGCUAAGCUCAAAGACACGGAGAAACUCGAUGCCUUCAUUCGUACUCCAGGAGAUCUCAAAUUUGACUUGGACACAGCAAUCGCAAUGUGUCGACAAGGUGGCUACUACGAUCAAGCAGCAUAUCUGGCUACCAAGCAUGGUGAAAAUGAGCUGGUGAUCGACAUCUUGAUCGAAGAUUCGAAGAAAUAUGCGGAGGCGCUGCAGUACAUCUGGCGGCUGUCGGCUGAAUUGGCCUAUCCGGUGCUCCUAAAGUAUGCGCGCAGCCUGUUGCAGCAUUGUCCUGAGGAGACGACCAAGCUCUUUGUCGACUACUACACUGGUCGCUACGUCCCCAAACAGGACGUGCCAGCUGUUGAGGAAGUCCGAGCCCAGAGUGGAGGUGGUGCAUCGCAAUACCUCUCUGCGUUGUGGACCGUGCCCUUCAUGACUCGGCAGGACACUGCAGAAACAGUUGUAGCUCAAGAGGUCACAGACACCGCCGAGGGAUCGGAUGGCGUGACAAGCACGCCUGUACCGACAUAUACGCCACCACGGCCUCGUACGGCGUUCUCGUCUUUCAUUACGCAUCCAAAUUACUUCAUCACUUUCUUGGAGGCUCUGAUAGCACAGCCUGAUCUCUCAAAAGAGGAUCGAGCGGAUCUGGCAACAACGUUGUUUGAGAUGUAUCUCGAUGCUUCGCGAUCUGCCAAAGAUGCAAGCAAGCAAGCAGCCUUGGAAGCCAAAGCGACGAAGUUCAUUGCUGGAGACCUCGCAGGAUCACAAUCGAAGGAGUCGGCUAUUGACACAUCCAAUGUGCUGUUGCUGUCAUCGCUAUCUAAAUUUCCAGCUGGGACCACGUUGGUUCGCGAACGAUCGAGCAUGUAUGCUGAUAUUUUUCGGUCGUACACGUCAGCCAAAGAUACUGAAGGUGCCGUUUCUGCGCUGAGAAAGUACGGGCCAGAAGACCUCAGCUUGUAUCCGCUGGCUCUGACCUACUUCUCCUCAUCACCAAAGAUCCUGGAGGAGCAUGGUGUCCGAGAAGAGCUGCAGAAUGUGCUCCGGAGGAUUGACCAGGAAAACCUCCUAGCCCCAUUGCAAGUCGUCAAGAUUCUGUCUCAGGGAGGAGCAGUCAACAUGGGUAUGGUCAAAGACUAUCUCUCCGACAACAUUGCCCGAGAGAGGAAGGAGAUCCAAGCCAAUCGACGACUGGUCGAGUCAUACCGGAAAGAGACCGAAUCAAAAAGAAGUGAGAUCGAGGACCUCGGCAGUAAGCCCGCAGUAUUUCAGGCCCGACGGUGUUCAGCAUGCACUCGAAACCUGACGCUGCCAACUGUUCACUUUCUGUGCCGCCAUUCAUUCCAUCAAGAAUGCCUAAACAAGAGCGGUUCUGGACAGGACGAGGAUGACAGAGCAGAAUGCCCAUUGUGCAAGCCGGGCAACGACACCAUCAAGGCAAUUAGACGACAGCAGGUGGAAAGCACAGAGCAGCAUGAACUCUUCAAGGCAGCAUUGGGCCGAAGUACGAAUAGAUUCGGGACAGUGAGUGAGUUCUUCGGCAGGGGCGUAAUGACUUCAGCGCCAAUAGGAGAGGGAUGA